CCCAGCAGUGCCACCUGUCAGUGUCAAUCAGUGCUCAUCCAUGCCACCUGCCAGUGCCCAUCAGUGCCACCCAUCAGUGCCAGUCAGUGCCACCUAUCAGUGUGCAUCAGUGUCGCCUAUCAGUGCCAGUCAGUGCCACCUAACAGUGCCAGUCAGUGCCGCCUAUCCGUGCCAUAUAUGAGUGCUGACUUUCAGUGCCCAUCAGUGAUGCCUGUCAAUGCCCCAUCAGUGCCCCUACCAGUGCCUCCUCAUCAGUGCCCAUCAGUG